CCCUGCUCUCCUCAGGUGUCGGUGCCCGAGGGCUGCGAGCCACAAUCCCGGCUCAGUCCUUCAUCCUUCCGAGGCUCUGAGCCCUCGGGCACGGAACGGCGCUGUUCUGGAUGAGGGAAGGGUAAAGAAGACGAGGAGCUUGGAAGAUGUGUGAGCCUGGGAGGGGGAGCCGCAGAGAGAGAAGAGAAGAAUAGUGAUGGUCCCAGUUGUGCAGCCCAGGCUCCCCAGCAAGCAGAGAGCCCAGGAUCCCUCAGCCUUUCUCUGCAGUGACCACCUGUGCCCCUGGGCAGGGCUGAAGAUGCCUCUGUUCUCCAGGAAGAAGAAACCCAGCGAAGAUGCUCGGAAACGCCUCGAGUACCAAAUGUGCCUGGCAAAAGAAGCUGGUGCUGAUGACACCCUUGACAUAUCCAGAUGUGAGCUCUCAGAGGUUCCUUAUGGGGCCUUUGCAACUUGCAAGGUCUUGCAAAAAAAGGUGCUGAUUAUUCAUACCAAUAAUCUGACAUCCUUAGUUCCAAAGUCCUGCAGCCUCCUGAGUCUCAUAACUGUGAAGGUUCUGGAUCUGCAUGACAACCAGCUGGCAUCACUUCCUGCUGAUAUUGGUCAGCUGACAGCUCUUCAGGUCCUAAACCUUGAAAGGAAUCUUUUAAAAAGCCUUCCACAAUCUAUAGGAGACCUUGCACAGCUCCAGGUCCUCAAUGUGAAAGGGAACCAGCUGAGGGCGCUGCCCGGGAGCGUGAGCGGCCUGCGGAGCCUGCGGGCUCUGGAUGUCAGCGGGAACGAGCUGCAGGAGCUGCCCCGGGGGCUGGCCCACGCCCGCAGCCUGCAGACUCUGACCCUGGAUGCCUCUGCCAUGACCUACCCACCCCCUGAGAUCUGCAGUGCAGGCACAGAGGCCAUCCAGCAGUUCCUGUGCACAGAGUGUGGAAUUGCAUACUCCCCUCCCUCCCAGCACCUGCUCCCCACGCCGGAGAGCGAUGGAGGAGGAACUUCCGUGGAUGGGGUGGACAGGACAGUGCAGAAGUACCUGGAGGAGGAGAGUGAGUGGCAGAACAAAUUCUUGGAUUAUGAGAAGAGGAAGGAAAGAAAAACUCAGGAGAAGCUGGAAUUUGAGCGGCGCCUGAACGUGGGGCAGCGAGAGCAGGCCCUGCUGGUGCAGCAGCUCAACAGCCACAAGGAUGAGAUCCUGCAGACAGUGAGAGAGGAGCAGCAGAGGCUGGAGCAGGGGCUGUCGAGGCACCAGCGCUGUUUGGAGGAGGAGAGGCUGAAGCUGCUGCAGCAGCUGAAGGACACAGAGCAGGGCAUUGCCAGCCGCAUCCAGAAGCUGCUGGAGGACAACCAGAGGCAAAAACGAAGUUCAGAUAUUUUGAAGUCCUUGGAGAAUGAGAGAAUCAGGAUGGAACAGCUGAUGGCAAUAACCCAGGAGGAGACAGAGCAGCUGCGCAGGAGGGAAGUGGCCUCUGCCAUGCAGCAGAUGCUGGCUGAGACCUACAAGAACAAACUCCUCCAAACGACCUCCGAGUCUCGCCGGCAGGACCUCGUCAGCCAGGCCUGCUCCAGCCUGGCUGAGAUGGAUCAGAAGUUCCAGCAGAUCCUGGCUUGGCAGCAGCUGGAUCAGAGCAAAGCUGUCAGUGAGAUCUUGCAGCAGGUUGAGAUGCAGAAAACUGCCUUUGAAGCUCUCCAGGUGAAGAAGGAUCUUAUGCACAGGCAGAUCAGGAACCAGAUUAAAUUAAUAGAAACAGAGUUAUUGCAGCUGACACAGCUGGAGGUAAAGAGGCAAGAACUGGACACAGAGACACUGCAGGAGGCGGUCACGGAGCAGCGCCGGGCACUCGGCUCCCUCCUGCAGCAGCUGCUCAAGGAGAAGAAGCAAAGGGAGGAGGAACUGCAGCAAAUCCUGCUGGAAAUGGAAGCAAAGAGUGAAACCAAGCAGGAGAACUAUUGGCUGAUCCAGUACCAGCGCCUGCUGAACCAGAAGCCCCUGUCCCUGAAGCUCCAGGAGAAGGGUUUGGAGCAGCAGCUGGUGGCCCUGCUGCUGGAGCUCUCUGCUGAGCAGUACGUGCCCAUCUUCGCUCACCACCGAAUAUCCCUGGACACGCUGGGCACCAUGAGUGCCAGUGACCUGGAGAAGCUCGGUGUGACAGAGGCUGGGCUGCAGCAUGCCAUCCUCAGGCGGGCUCGGGAGAUCCUGGCUGUGGCCACGACCAUCCCAGAGCUGCGGAGGGCAGAGGAGAGCGAGGCCCCGGCGGGCCCCGAGCCCAGCGCUCCCCUGGAGGAGCCCCCGGCCCCCACGGCCCCAGCGCUGCCGGGGGACGAGCGGCAGUCGGAGUGCGUUGUGUGCAUGGAGCGGGAGCCCCAGAUGAUUUUCCUGCCCUGUGGCCACGUCUGCUGCUGCCAGGGCUGCUGCGAGCGGCUGCUCUCGUGCCCGCUGUGCCGCCAGGACAUCGCGCAGCGCGUCCGCAUCUUCCACAGCGCCUAGGCCGGCCCGGGGGCCCCGGCCCCGCUCCGGGCUGUUCCCGCUGCCGCUCCUGUCCCUGGAACAGCCCACGGCCGGCACUGCCCCGCCCGAGCCCUCCCCACGCUGGGAGCCCCCGCAUCCCCCUCGCAGCUCCCCGGGGCUCCUGCAGGGAAUCCCUUCCUGCUGCCCGCCCCGCGUCCCCGUGCCUGGGUGACAAACCGGGCGCAGCUGCGGCUCCUCCUCUCUGGCAGAGGCGUUUGCUGUCAGAAAGGCCCCGGGGGCUCGCAGGGACACGGGGAGUGCUUCCAGCAGUGCUGCACGGAGGGGGGGGGGGGUUUCCCGUGGGAUCAUUCGGUCAGGACAUGCUGUUCCUGGUGUGCUCACACUGCCGUGCACCUCUGUCAUGCCAAAGGUCUGGGGCUUCGGCUCUGGAGCCCCACGGGAGCUGUCUGGGUCUGCAGCCUCAGGCAGGCAGAGCCAGGAGUUCCUGCAACACCCCCGGGACUGGAGGGACCUGCCCUGGCCAAGGGAGCCCGUGGGGGGCCCUCAUCCACAAACCAGGUGGGCAGAAAGUGCUGCUGCCACUGGCCAGGGCUGGGGCUGUGCCCAGCUCAGGACCACGGUGCCUCUGCAUUGGGGGGUGGGCACUGCUCCAUUGCCAGUGAUCAGUAACAAUUCCUGUCUGCCCUCGGCUCUUGACCCUGAAAUAUAAAAAUGCUGCCACGAGCCUUGUCCCACCACAGCCUUCCCCAGGAGCAGCCAUUAAACGCAGCUGGUUUCUGC